CAUCAAAAGAUCGAGAGAAGCAAAAGGCGCCCACGGAACCAACCAAAGCCGCCCCGCCCGCCCGCCACGACCAAGCAGCAAGCAGAGAGGGAGAGAGAUCGGCUCCGGCCGCGCGCGCUCUCCUCGGCUCGUCGUCGUCCCCCCUAAUUCCUCUUCUUCCCGUCAGAGGCGGCGGCGGCACCGCCACCGCCGACAAGAAUAAUGGGGCUCCUGGAGCUCUUCAUCACGGCAUGCAUGCCCGUCCUCAACAUGCUCCUGGUUACUGGUGUUGGAUCAUUCUUGGCAACGGACUCCGUUGGGAUACUGGGGAAAGAAGCAAGGAAACACCUAAACUAUGUAGUAUUUUAUGUAUUCAAUCCAGCUCUUAUCGCAACCUAUCUGGCCAAAACGAUCACCAUGGAAAGCAUGGCCAGAUUGUGGUUCAUGCCGGUGAAUGUGUUCUUCACUUUCAUCUUCGGGUUGAUCUUCGGUUGGAUCGUCAUAAAAGUCACCGGGGCUCCCCUGAAGUUAAGGGGCCUCAUUUUGGGUUGCUGUUCUGCUGGCAAUCUGGGCAACAUUUUCCUCAUCAUCAUACCAGCUCUCUGCAAAGAGAAGGGGAGCCCGUUCGGCGCACCUGAUGUUUGUCAGACUUAUGGACUAGCGUAUUCGUCACUCUCAUUGGCUAUUGGUGCCGUCUUUCUGUGGACGGGCGCAUAUAACAUCAUUCGUGCAAAUUCAAAUGUCACUGAAGGAGAUGGCAGCUCGCCUAUAACUCAAACAAAAGUCUUGGUUUCAGGAGGAACCAGAUGUGCAGAUUCAGAAGAUAAUCAUUCGAUCUCGAGUGAUCGUGUCGACGAAUGUGCUCUCCCAUUGAUAUCAAAUCCAACCAAAACGAAGGUCCCAUUGUUGGAGAGAGCAAAAGGAAUUAUAUCGUCGGUUUCUGGAGCAAUUGAUCUGAGCAAGUUAUUUGCCCCUUCAACUAUUGGGGUGAUUGUCGGGUUUAUAAUUGGAGGAACACCUCUUAUUAGAAAUGCUCUGAUCGGCGACGAUGCCCCUCUUCGUGUCCUUCGUGAGUCCGGUGAACUAAUUGGCGGAGCAGCCGUUCCAUCCGUCACGUUGAUCAUGGGAGGGAACCUCAUCACAGGGUUACGCGGAACGGCGAGUGUCCCGCCGUCGGUGAUCGCCGGCGUCGUGCUUGUCAGGUUUGUGCUGCUGCCUCUGGUGGGCACCGCGCUGGUGAAGGCCGCGGUCCGCUACGGCGUCAUCCGGCCAGACCCGCUGUACCAGUUCGUCCUCCUGCUGCAGUACGCCGUCCCGCCCGCCAUGAACAUCGGGACGAUCACGCAGCUGUUCGGCGUGGGGGAGAGCGAGUGCUCGGUGAUCUUCGUGUGGGUGUACGCGCUCGCCUCGGUGGCCGUCACCAUGUGGUCCGCGUUUUUCAUGUGGACGCUCUCGUGACCGAGUCUCUCCCGCGCCGCGUACGUACGACGGAGUACAAUGGAAGGCCGGCGAGGCGAGCUAAGAGCUGUAUCCGUUCCGUCAUGUCUCAAGUGUUACGGUGAACGGUGGCCGCCAGGCAUCGCCGGCGGGCUCGAGUGGGCGAGGCGACCGACGGCUUGGAGAGUGUCAUUAGGUGGGGCAGAGAUCGCCUGGCCCAUGGAGAAGCAUGUCCGGUACUAUGUAGACAUUAGGAGUGUGUUUGGUUUGAGAACGAAGUGGAACGAAAUAUCAUGGUUCCAUUCCACCAGAAUGGGUCCGUUCCAUCCUUUUGUUCGGUAGAAGCAAGUCCAAGGAGUGAAAUGAUUACAUAUUGGUGUUUGGUUUGAGAGAUGGAGUGAAAUGGAAUUUGAUUUCUCA